UACACAGGCGUCUGAUCUCUAUCUUAAUAGGGAGGGGACUAGAAGAAUUUCUGUCAAAGCAGCCAUAUUGACACAGACCAGCCGGAGCUAAUGAGGCACUGAACAAAUUGUGAUCCAGUGAGUGGUGCUAAACACUCAGACAAGGACGAUGACAGCACAAGAGUGGGAGGAGAAUCUGAAACCACUCCUGUAAUAUCAUCUACAAACAACAAGAAAGGAGAGACUGAUGAAGUUAAAGAGGUCAACCAUGAAAGCAGCAGUAACACGACUGAGCGUUCUAUGAAGGAGAGUGAUGCAGUGAAGGACACAAGUCCAUCAUCUCAGACUGUUUCAGCAGAGACCAAAGAAGUGGUGCAGCAGGAGGAGAGUACAACUAAAUCAGAGAUGAAGUGUGAUCCACUGAGUGGUGCUAAACACUCAGACAAGGACGAUGACAGCACAAGAGUGGGAGGAGACUCUGAAAUCACGUCUGUAAUACCAUCUGCAAACAACGAGAAAGGAGAGACUGAUGAAGUUAAUGAGGUCACCAAUGAAAGCAGCAGUAACACGACUGAGCGUUCUAUGAAGGAGAGUGAUGCAGUGAAGGACACAAGUGCAUCAUCUCAGACUGUUUCAGCAGAGACCAAAGAAGCAGACCAGCAGGAGGAGAGUACAGCUAAAUCAGAAGUAAAGGUCCCUUAGAUAUGGAUAUGAGUGGAAACAAGAAUAAGCAGUCAGUGAAGAGUUCUGAAGAGAUCAACAGGAAGGAACAAUAUCAAAGAGAAACCGAAACACUGCUUGGCAGACUUCACCUUCAAGAUAAACAUCAACAGAAGUUGUCACCAGCAGAUUUUCUUAAAGUAGGUCCACCUGUGAAACAGGACCAUGAAACAUCUGAGAAGGAACUCGCACAUACUUUUCUAGACUCAUGUGCAUCCAAUGGAUGUUCAAAUGGCAGUAUUUCACUGCUCAGACAGCUUUUUGAAGCAGAACAUGAUUACAAAGCUAUCACAAUGUCAGUAUGCCUUACCUUUGCUUGUUCCUGACCCAG